UCGGGCUUUGGCCAGGAAGUCCAGGCCGGGCGAGCAGUAGAUGAGCAGGAGGGAUGACAUCCCUUCCAUCUGCGUCACCGUCGAGAGCGCCAUCGAUGCGCACGGACAGCUCAGUCGAGUGAGAAAGCCAAGCGACUUGUAUGCACCCGCAAGCCAAUCUGAAGCACAUUCGACGCCAUUGAACAGCCCUACGACCCACUCGGACAGCUCGAGUCUCGUCCAUCUCUACCUGAGAGAGCGGAGCACAACGCCCAAUGGCGGUCGUGCGUCCCCGCUGUCCAGUCCUUCAGAGGCCGAAAAUGUCAGGGCAACUUAUGCCCUGCUAUCGAAGACUGGCGUGCCUGGUGACGGCUUCAAUCCUGGCAUCGAGCUCACGAGAGAGCGGAGAGGUGUCAGCUAUAAUGCUCGACUGGCGAGCUCAAUGCUCGACCGAUCCUCGCUGCCGCAAAGUGCGCGCAGCCCAUCUCCCAACUCCGGUACAGGCCAACUUCGUCAGCUCAUACAGGAAGAAGGCGAGUCAGCCGCCGAGAAUGGGAACGCAUCCGCAGCUCCAGUGCCAAAGGAUGCGGACGCGACGGGCAUCGCGCCAGAGGAACUCAAGUUUCUUCAGAACGCAGAUCGAUUCGGUUUCUUCUCGCCCGCGUACAGUCUAGCUGCCUCACAUUUGCGCGUCGCUUGCCUGCCUCCCAAACCGUUCGAAACCUUGCCGCAUUCGAAUGCGCUGCGUAGCAAGCUGCCUCGACGGUCUGUCAGAGCUGCCGACGGUCCUGUGCCUUCCUCACCCGUCAUGUCCUCUCAUGAGGAUCAGCCCCCGCGCUCAUCGCUGCAGGACAAAGAAGGUUUUGCCACCGUACCUCCGGCGGGUGGCUUGUCAGAUCUGAACCGGUCUCAAGGCGCAUCUACGCCCCGCUCGCGAUUGCGUUCUGCUCCCGGCGGCAUGCCCACAAUCUCGAGGUCGGAUUCGCAGAAGAUUGCAAGUAGGGAAGCUGCUCGAGCGACGAAAUGGCUGGCCAUGCUCGAGCCUGCCGAAAAGGAUGAGGGUGGCAAUGUCAUACGAUGGAAGCUGAAGGCGCCAUUUGCUGUCAACGGCAAAGACCAUGCACGCUUUGUCAGGCGUGUGUACAAAGGCAUACCGGAUCGAUGGCGGGCUGCUGUCUGGGGCUAUCUCACCGACAGCUUCGCCGAGCGUUCGCUCGAUACUGGCAGAAGACCUCGACAAGUCGAAAGCUUACCAGAUCUCCAGAAGACGUUCUUUAAUCUGAUCGAUGUCGAGUCUGAGCUUGAUGUUCAGAUAGACUUGGAUGUGCCACGGACCAUUUCCGGACACCUCCUCUUCCACACUCGUUAUGGCAGAGGGCAAAGAGCGCUGUUCCACGUGCUACACUGCUUUGCAUUACAUCGACCAGAGACGAGCUAUUGUCAAGGCAUGGGGCCCAUUGCGGCGACCCUCCUCUGCUACUUCGAGCCCGAAAGAGCUUUUGCAGAGCUUGUCAGGCUGCACGAUUCGUACGGUCUCGACGAUCUGUACUCGCCCGGAUUCGUUGGCUUGUCGGAAAGCUUUUACUUGCAGGAGAAGCUUGUGAAGUUAUGGAUGCCAGAAGUGGCAAGGAUUUGCGACGCACAAAAUGUUACGCCUUCGUCGUAUGCCACCAAAUGGUACAUCACCCUGUUUUCCAACUCGAUCGCAUUCAGCACGCAAGUACGCAUCUGGGACGCCAUGACGCUUCACGGUCUCGAUGUCCUCGUGCUCUUAUCAGUCGCGAUCAUCUGGUCCCUGCGAGAUCGGAUCGUGCAUCCCCAAGCCAAUUUCGAGACCAUACUCUCUGGCUUGAGCUCAUUCUUCAUUGUGGAAGACGAGAACGCGUUACUUAGAUGGAUUCGCAAGGCAUUGACGCAGCCGAGAUUACGACAACAACUCCACCAGUGGAGACUAGAUUUCCGCAACCAGUCCCAAGACGCAGCAUAGCAUCAGUAGCCCUGUAGCAUGUAAUUUAAUCCUUGGACAUUGCAGCGAAUGCCUGUGGCGAC